AGCUCGCCAUUUGAGCGUGGGUGAUAUAUGUGUAUUAUAUUCACUACCACAUUUCUAACUUACUGAUUCAUUUAAAUCGUCUUAAUAUUAAACAAUGUCGGACAUCAAGGAAAGCAACGUAGUUGUGCCAGAGGCAGCAUCCAACCUCUCGGUAUCUUCGCUAGCCAUCCAUGCGGACGAUGUCCUCAAUGGCGGGCAUCAAGAUGUUGCUCCUCCCAUGCAUGUUUCCACUACAUACCGAUAUCCCAGCGACCCUGAAAAGCUAGUUCCAUGGACCGAAGCCGACCACACGGCGGCGGCCGAGGGUCACAUCUAUUCUCGACACACUGCACCAAACACAACUCGCUUCGAGACCAUCCUCUCCAGUUUACUCAAUGGCCCCGCCAUCUCAUACAGCUCCGGACUCUCUGCAUUCCAUGCCAUCCUCGUCCACCUCAACCCAAAGCGCAUCUCGAUUGGCGAGGGCUAUCACGGCUGCCAUGGCGUAAUCAGCAUCCAUAAGAAGCUCACUGGCUUAACAACUCUACCUCUCGACUGCCCGGCUGAGGAUCUUCAACCCGGCGACAUCGUGCACAUCGAGACUCCACUCAACCCAACAGGAAAUGCGACAAACUUGAAGGAAUACGCCGACAAGGCACAUUCAAGAGGGGCAUAUCUCACUGUGGACGCUACAUUUGGCCCACCACCACUUCAGGAUCCAUUCCUAUGGGGCGCGGAUAUUGUUAUGCAUAGUGGCACCAAGUACUUUGGUGGACAUUCCGAUAUGUUGUGUGGAGUGUUGGCAGUGAACCCUGCCAGAGUGAAGGAAGGCUGGGUUGACAAUCUAAUCCAUGAGAGAUUACUGAUCGGCAGCGUGAUGGGCAAUAUGGAAGGUUGGCUGGGAGUUCGCAGCUUACGCACACUGGAAAUCCGUGUUGAGAGACAGUCACUCAAUACCGGGAAGCUCGUUGCAUGGCUGAAUGCUGCCUUGCACCCCGAGUCCGAGUCCAGUGUCGGCGAUAGUGCCACUCUGAGCUCCGGCAACAGCAGUGCUAUCCGCGAAGUUCUUGCUAAGGUCGAGCAUGCAAGCCUGCAGACAGCGGACAUCAAAGAUGGGUGGUUGUUGAAACAGAUGCCGAACGGGUUUGGCCCUGUCUUCAGUAUCGUCAUGCAGAAAGAGGAACUCGCAAGAAGGCUCCCCAGCAAGCUGAAGCUCUUCCACCAUGCCACUAGUCUGGGGGGUGUAGAGAGUCUGAUUGAGUGGCGCACGAUGACGGACGCUACAGUUGAUAGACGACUUCUGAGAGUUAGCAUUGGACUUGAGGGAUGGGAAGAUUUAAGAGACGAUUUGCUGCAGGCCUUUACUGCUUUGGCUGCAGAGCAGAAGUCGUAGUACACAGAGUUGUCGGCAUAUUGGAGUAUCAUAUUACACUGUAGAAUCUCCGUAGCAAAUAUUAAUCGAUUGCUGAGUUCUAAAUAUUUAAUAUAAGUGGAUUGAAC